AUGUAAUUGCUGCAUGGACAGACAGUCACCAAUAGCUCGUCUGCCUGCUCCGUUUUGGAUUUGUUCUGUUAUAUCACGACACUUCACUGUAUCGUCGUCGUUAUAUCGCUUUCAUUAAGUCACUUUAUCGGCAGUAGGGUACAAAAGGGUGACGCGUCAUCGUUUCAGCGCUCAUCGGGGGCCGUCAUUUCUGCGUGGAUUAGUUUUGAUCGUGUCCGCGUGUCCUUGCGCGCGGAGCUCGUCGCGAGCGGUCGGUCCCUUUAAGCGGCGCUCGGCCGCUGUCAAUCAGGAGCACGUUGGCCCCGCCCCUUCCUGCGCCGCUCGGCGGAGCGCAGGAGUCAAUGGGGAGAAGCGGAGAAGCGAAGAGGGCCGUCGGCGGGGAGGCAGCGCUGCGAGCUGGCCGCUGACAUGGGAUAACUGGGGGGGCGCGGAGAGCACAGUUGGCCCUGCACGGAGCCCGGGGGGAAGAGAGCAGCAGCAGCAGCAGGCUUCAGCUCUUCUUCGGCGUUUUCUCCCUUCUGCGCGAACUCAAUUCUUCUCGGACGCGUCCACAAUAACCGAGCGAGCGGAGCGAGACUGAAGGUCGUCCCCCCGAUGAAUGAGGACAGGAUGAUGCCGAUGCGCGUCCGCGGAGCGCCGACGGCUUGAAGCAGCGAUGACCAGCAGCCCGUUACAUCACUUUUCCCCGCACGCUCGUGUUUCUAGACCAUUCGCUCCGUGAGACAGAUGUUCGCGGCAUUGUCGUUUCCCGAGAUUUAUUCCCAGCCCCCCCCCCCUCGCCUCGGCUCUUCUCGCGCGCCAGUCUGGUGUGAGACAGAAAUCAUGGGGGAAUAUCAUCAUCAUCAGCACAACGUGAUUGUGCCCGUUUCAGCCUCCGUCCUUUUGCUGAGUGUCUAGUUUGGGGUUCGACGUCCGACGCUGAAGAAAUCGAUGAGAGACACAGAGAGACAGACGGACGCUGAUAUGGUUGGACCGCGAGGGGGGACGUGCUGAGAACAAGGUGCGGCCUCAGGCCAGGAGAGCUCCAGCCACAAGCCAGAAGAAGGACUGUCGGAGUGUCUGCAAUGGUGGAGCCUGUGGGUUUCGUCGAGGCCUGGAAAGCCCAGUUUCCUGAAUCCGAACCUCCCAAGAUGGAGCUGAGGUCCGUGGGGGGGAUCGAGCAGGAGCUGGAGAAGUGCAAGGCGUCCAUCCGGCGCCUGGAGAUGGAGGUGAACAAGGAGCGCUUCCGCAUGAUCUACCUGCAGACGCUGCUAGCCAAGGAGAGGAAGAGUUAUGACAGGCAGAGGUGGGGGUUUCGCGGGGGGUCCCAGCCGAACGAGGGGGAGCGGCCGCCCGGUGCCGAACCUCAGCUUUCGCACCACGGGCUUGGGCAGGAGCAAGGACAGGGGGACCGGAGCAGGUUCCACCCCGUCGGCGAGGAAAGGUCGAGGGUCCGGCCCCCGGCGCCUAGGAGGUCCUCCUCCCACGGGGACGGCCUGGAGCCUGCCCCUUCAGGAGAGAGGCACCAGCCUGGGGUGCCCGGGGAGCCGGACCGGUGCCGGCAUUAUGGGGACGGUGAAACGGAUAAACUGUCGCCGUCUAAGCAGCGUGGUGGGACCUCCUCUCGCAGGCCUGGGGGCGUGCCGCCGAUGCCCACGGACAAAGAGGCUUCCUCAGACCCCCCCAAGGACAAGCCGGGAAUGGGUCUAGGGGUGGCCGCCCUGAGGUCAAACUUUGAACGGGCCAAGAGGGGCAACUGGCACUCGUUUGGGGAAGGGAAGGGAGUGCCGGAGCGGCCGCUCUACGCGAGCGUCGAGUACCACCAGGAGAGGAGCCUGGGGAGGGCGGGCGAGCGUGACAUGUCUGACGUUGUCAGUACCCUGGGAAGCCAGACCUCGCAUAUCGACCGCCAGCGGUCUCUGGCCAAGGCAGCGGCGGAGGCCCGCAGGCCUGUGCUCCGAGGCCGGUCUGCCGAGGGCCACGGUGGGGGCUAUGAGGCUGAGGGCGAGGAGGCGGAGUCCGAAUGUCGCCCCCCCAAAGAGGGGCCGCUCCAGGCGAAUGGGGGUCGGCCGCACCACCAGCACCCUCCUCCGCCGUGGCAGCACGCCGACUUCCAGUCUUACUCGGGCAUCUACGCUGGAGGGACGUCGGGUGAGGGUGAGGGGAGAGGCGCGGGCAAGCGGGACACUGCACCCACCACCUGGCCCCGGCGGUCCUACUCACCCCGGAGCUUUGAGGACACCGGCGGUGGCGGCUACACCCCUGACUGCAGUUCCAACGAGAACUUGACCUCCAGCGAGGAGGACUUUUCCUCCGGUCAGUCGAGCCACGUGUCCCCCAGUCCCACUGCGCACCGUCCCUUCCCGGCUCGGGAAAAGAGCCGCUCGCCUUCCCAGAACUCCCAGCAGUCCCUGGACAGCAGCAGCCCGCCGACCCCUCAGGCCCAGAAGCGCCACAAGCACCACAUCAUGGUGUCGGAGGCCUCGGUUGUGAGCGUUCGAAAGACCGGCCAGAUCUGGCCUAAUGACAGCAAUUCCACCUUGUCCAGCAGAACGUCGCAUGACAACAGUUUCCAUGGAGACCUGGACUCCUCCUAUGGAGGGACUCCACCCAGUUACGGUUACGAUCCGGAGCGCAGCGAGGAGCACCGGCGGCACCACGAGGUGAUGCCCUACAUCGACGACUCGCCUUCCUCCUCGCCUCACCUCAGCUCCAAGAGCCGCAGCAGCCGAGACACGCUUUCCUCGGGGUCCCUGGAGUCCUCCAAGUCGACUGAGCUGGACCUGGAGAAGGGCCUUGAGAUGCGGAAAUGGGUUCUGUCUGGGAUCCUGGCCAGCGAGGAAACGUACCUCAGCCACCUGGAGGCACUGUUGCUGCCGAUGAAGCCCCUGAAGGCAGCGGCCACCACCUCCCAGCCUGUGCUGACCAUCCCCCAGAUCGAAACCAUCUUCUUCAAAGUGCCUGAGCUCUACGAGAUCCACAAGGAAUUCUACGAUGGGCUCUUGCCUCGCGUGCAGCAGUGGAACCACCACCAGCGGGUGGGCGACCUCUUCCAGAAGCUGGCCAGCCAGCUGGGAUUGUACCGCGCCUUCGUGGAUAACUACGAGGUUGCCGUGGAGACAGCUGAGAAGUGCUGCCAAGCCAACACGCAGUUUGCUGAGAUUUCCGAGAACCUCAAAGUUAGGGGUACGAAGGACUGCAGAGACCAGACGUCUAAGAAUUCUCUGGAAGCUCUCCUGUACAAACCUGUGGACAGGGUGACCAGGAACACCUUGGUGCUGCACGACCUCUUGAAGCACACCCCCUGCAGCCACCCAGACUACCCCCUGCUGCAGGAUGCUCUGCGUAUCUCCCAGAACUUCCUAUCCAGCAUUAAUGAGGAGAUUACGCCCCGGCGCCAGUCCAUGACUGUCAAGAAGGGGGAGAACCGGCAGCUGCUCAAGGACCGAUUCAUGGUGGAACUGGUGGAGGGCGCCCGGAAACUGCGGCACGUCUUCCUCUUCACCGACCUGCUGCUCUGCGCCAAGCUGAAGAAGCAGAUGGGGGGGAAGAGCCAGCAGUACGACUGCAAGUGGUACAUCCCGCUGUCCGACCUCACGUUCCAGGCUGCCGAUGAGUCUGACCCCCCGCCCAUCCCCCACGUUCCGGAUGAGGAGAUCGAUGCCCUUAAGGUCAAGAUCUCCCAGAUCAGGGCCGAGAUCCAGAGGGAAAAGAGAGCUAACAAAGGAGCGAAGGCACUGGAGCGGCUCAGGAAGAAGUUAUCAGAGCAGGAGUCCCUGCUUCUCCUGGCCUCCCCGAACAUGGGCCUGCGAGUGCACAACCGCAACGGCAAGAGCUACAUGUUCCUGAUCUCCUCGGACUACGAGCGGGCAGAAUGGCGAGAGGUCAUCCGGGAGCAGCAGAAGAAGUGUUUCAAGAGCUUCUCGCUGACCUCCGUGGAGCUGCAGAUGCUGACCAACUCGUGCAUGAAGCUGCAGACCGUGCACCACAUCCCACUGUCCAUCAACAAAGAGGAUGAGGAAUCUCCAGGCCUCUAUGGGUUUUUGAAUGUAAUCGUCCAUUCGGCCUCUGGCCUUAAACAGAGCCUUAACCUCUACUGUACGCUGGAGGUGGACUCGUUCGGCUACUUCGUGAACAAGGCCAAGACUCGCGUGUACCGCUACACCACCGAGCCCAACUGGAAUGAGGAGUUUGAGAUUGAGCUUGAGGGAUCCCAGACCCUUAGGCUGCUCUGCUACGAGAAGUGCUACAGCAAGACCCGGCUGAACAAGGAGGACGGGGAGAGCACUGACAGGAUCAUGGGAAAGGGCCAGAUCCCGCUGGACCCCCAGAGCCUGCAGGGCAAGGACUGGCAGAGGACAGUGGUCCCUAUGAAUGGGAUCGAAGUGAAGCUCUCCAUGAAGUUCACGAGCCGCGAGUUCAGCCUGAAGAGGAUGCCCUCGGAGAAACAGACCGGCGUGUUCGGGGUCAAAAUCUCAGCGGUGACGAAGCGGGAGCGCUCCAAGGUGCCCUACAUUGUGCGCCAGUGUCUGGAGGAGAUUGAGCGCCGGGGCAUGGAGGAAGUGGGCAUUUACCGCGUCUCCGGGGUGGCCACCGACAUCCAGGCCCUGAAGGCUGCUUUUGACGCCAACAACAAGGACGUGUCCGUGAUGAUGAGCGAGAUGGACGUGAACGCCAUCGCCGGGACCCUGAAGCUGUACUUCCGGGAGCUGCCCGAGCCCCUCUUCACGGACGAGCUGUACUCCAACUUUGCCGUGGCCGUCGCCCUUUCUGAUAGCGUGGCCAAGGAGAGCUGUAUGCUGAACUUGCUGCUGUCGCUGCCAGAGCCCAACCUGGUGACCUUCCUCUUCCUGCUGGACCACUUGAAGAGGGUGGCCGAGAAGGAGAGCGUCAACAAGAUGUCCCUCCACAACCUGGCCACGGUCUUUGGUCCCACCCUCCUCCGGCCCUCCGAGAAGGACAGCAAGAUUCCGACCAAUCCCACGCAGCCCAUUACCAUGAGUGACAGCUGGUCCUUGGAGGUCAUGUCCCAGGUUCAGGUGCUGCUGUACUUCCUGCAGCUGGAGACCAUCCCAACCCCUGACAGCAAGCGUCAGAGCAUCCUUUUCUCCACCGAGGUGUAGGAGCGCUCCGGGAGUCCGGAGCCACCGGCGCAGGAAGAGCCCGGAAGAGGAGCGAGGGGGGGGGGGGGGAGAGACUGAAAGGCAGGACUUGAGCAACGCUCAGGGUGUCCCCUCCUGGACGGACGUCCCGUUGCUCCACGUUGACGGCACGGCCCUCGGGUCGGGGGGGAUGGUGCCGGCAGCCGGCGCACGAGACGUGGCGGCGCCGCCAAAGCAUCACUUAAUAGACGUUACCCCACUAAGGUGUGGCUUCACCAAUCGGGCAUCUUGUACAAAGCAGCGUCGCCGUUUCAACGUCGGUUCUAGGUGUUCUCUUUAUUUUGAGGUGUGCAGCUUGUGCACAGUGUACGGUGUACCGUGUUCCGCUGUACAAUCUGUCCGCUACUCACUGCUCUUCUCGCCCGGAUUCCAAUAGAAACUGGUAAACCGGUAGGAAUAGUAACACCUGGUUAUUUUUAUUUCUUUCUUUAUUUUUAAUUUUCCUCCCCCCCCCCCCCGAGUCUCCCUUGCAUGUAUUAACACUCAUCCUGACCCUGAGCUCCCUUUUCUAUUGCGCGGGCUCUGCAGCGCACAGCAUUGUGGGUAGGGUUCUGUCCUUUGUCGUUCUGCGUCGCGCCGCUUCUCCCCCGUCGACGUCGGGGCGUCGGGAGAUCGAGAGGCUCUUCCGCGAGCUCUUCGUCGGGAAACGUUUCGGCGACCGAGGUGGGGGUCGGGUCCCCGAGGGAGUCGCCGCUCGGCUGCCGCGGAAGAACGUACGCGCGGUGGUUUCCGAAGGCCGCCGAACGCCAGCGUGGAUCCCGGGUUCGAAAACUCAACUCGAGACGUCCUGGAAGACCUCUAGGGACAGAGGGACGAGGAGGGGACGCGAUUCCGCUGGACGCGACGUGUAUGCGGGGAACCGAACCUCUCUCGCAAGUCCUGGGUAGCAGGAGCUGAAGGGAGCGGCUUCGGAUAUUUGCCGACAUCAUCAGUUGGCAUUCGGAAGAGGAGAACGUGGCAUUUGGAGGUAAAACGCACAAAGCCUCACGGUUUGUAGGAGGUAAUACAGCGGUGAAUCUUCCCAUUCUUCUCUAGGCCCGUUCGUUCUUCUCGCUGCACAACUGUUUCUAGCGACCCAUCUUGUCACGACUACGUUUGUGAGGAACGUCGUCUAAAGUCUCCCGUCGCUCUGUUCCGAAGGGCGUCGCCGAGCAUUUCUCGCUUCGGGAGUUCGGGCUGGCACGCGUCACGUUCGUCAUCGUUCGCGGUCGCGAGCGGGUUUGGAUCCUAAACCUCCGCUGCUCUCCGCAGCGCCGCCUUCGCGUCGCGCGCUCCCGUUGGUUGCUCUCCCGGAAUGCACCGGCGGGGCGGCAGCCGCGUCUUUCUCGGGGCGCCUACGCAAAGGCCGGGCGCCGUCCGCCAGCCCUCGUGUCCACAAGCUAAGCCCGGCGUGCGGACGUGACCGCGCGAUGGUGUCGCCACGCAGGCAACCCGGUCCCGGAGAUGAGACGCCGUCGCUCGAAGUUCACGUGGUUUAACGACUCCGGCCAACGUGUGCCGCGCCGAUCCGUCUCGUCUCCUCUCGUCUUGUCUCCGUACGCUCCGCACUCUGUGUCCGAGAGCGUCCGAGACCGAGGAGGAGCUUUUUCUUUUCUUCUUUCCCCUCCUCUUCUUCCCUCCCACGGUUUGAACCCUGAGAAGUCUAAUAAUUUUGGUUAAAGGACCGAUACGAGUCGAGUGCGGUUAUAAUUUAGGCGUCUUGGUUUGAACACGCAGGCACGUCGAGGACGACUUCUUUCUUUGCUGUGCGCGCGUCCUUUUUUGUCGCCGGUUACGGGUUUUGUGAGGUCUUCGGCUCGAUGUGUCCUGCUGGUCGGGGGUUCGAGGCACCUUCCUUACCCGGAAGCCAGCGGGACCAGGGUGGACACCGUGACCUCCAGGCUUCACCACCGUGACCUCCAGGCUUCACCGCACGGUACGUGGGGCACCUUAGUUCUGCUGGGCUGCUGCGUUUCCGUAGCGAGCGCCGACUCUGUCCGCGUGCGUCGAAACGUCGGACGUAAAUGUACGGGCUACGUUUUGAGAUGCGUCGAAAUACCUUUUUAUAGCCGUCGUCGCCGUCGUCCUGUGGGUGAUUUAUGAAUAUAUAUAGUGAAAUGACUUGCGUUAAAAAGCGACACGACUGCUUCGUUCCUUCGUGUCCUUUUCCGUCACGGAUUUCCCGCCCUUCCCGCGUCUCCUGCCGGGGGUCCGGCGCACGAGGAAGCGCUUAAAAUCCAGAGCUCAUUUCUGUCCCCGAGUCUCCUUAAGUGUCGUUUGACCUAUUUAUUUAUUUAUUUGGGCUCCUCGUUGUUUUGUCGAUGGGUGGCGGGGAACGCGCUCGCGUCCCCGGGCGUCUCCGCGCCGUCGUUCGCGUACAAGGCUUAGGGGCGCUUGAGGCUUCGGGUUCGGGUUCGAGCGGAGCUUACUCUGCUCUCGUCCCGGUGGCCCAGGAGAGAUGGAUCGGGUGAGCGAGCGAGCAGUGGCCGCGUGGUGGCUCGGCACUCGGACCUGCACCGCGCCCGAAGAGCCCUGCUGUCGUCGUUUCCGUGUCGCGUCGGUGUUGUCUUUUUAUUUGCCUGUAAAUGAAGUGACGCAUCUCGGAUGUUCGCUCUUCGGGCCGCUCGGGCGGCUGGAUAUAAAGGAGCCAAGUGCUCCGGACGGACCCCUUUCGGACCCCUUUCGGGUCACGGCGUCCCUCUGAUGCGGAGAACGACUCUUAUUUAUUUUUUUUAUUCAUGCACCGUGGGUUUAUGGCAGAACCUCUUUCCCGAUUGAUCAAUGAAUCUCCAGAAAUGCAGAGACGAAGCUCUCCCUUCCUCUCUUUGUCCGUUUUAAUUCGGUCUCGGUCGGUCACGGCGAGAGAUGCUACGUUAGGAGGAGAUGUACCAGGAAGAUUUUUUUUUUUUUUUUUUGUUUGUUUGUUUGUUUUAAUUAUUAUUCUUAUUAUGAAAUAAACAGGCUGACCGUUCCAAGACUGUGAGGUCAAAGCUCUUGACCUCGUCCACGGAAGCUGAUCCACGUAUAAUACGUGCGGCGGACUUCGCUGGGAGCCCAGCUUGUUUUUGCACGGCGGUGUCGGUCCCCCCAUCCUGACGGUACGUAAACGGUUCACGUUUGAUGGCGGACUUUGCGCUCGAGCUCUGCCGGGAAUCUGCGUUCGGGAUUCCGUUGACCGGCCGCCGGAGCGACCGUUGCGUUGGGCUCGGCCCUUCUGAUAUCUUUUAUUUAGCGAUUCCUCUUCGGGUUUGGCCUUCGUGUCCCGAUCGAUCGCGCCGCCGCAAGGAAGGAAAGGAUUCUGUACUCAAACUGUUGUGGGAAAGGCGUUUGUAGCCUCUUGUUUGUACACAAACUGUUCAAUAAAAACUCCCGUAUCUACGUGAUG